CUCUACUGGAAGAUAGUUGUUGUCCGAGUUGUAGACACCAACAGUACGCUGGAAAUAAAAAUACAGAAGCGCCUACUAUAGCUGCUUCUUGUGGAAUACCUUCUGUAUGAGUAUGUGUCUAUGUCUGUACUAGCCAAGAGCUGGGUGUCUGCAUUUCCGCUUGGUUCCACGAAACAAAGUGCUGGCCUGGAAUAAGGGAGGUAGCUGUAUGAAUGUGUAUGUGUAUCACGGCUUCUUCAUAAAAAAUCAAAAUGAAUUCGAAAAAAGCGAUUGGCGACCGCCUGACGCAGCUCGCCGCGGACCUUCGCAAAAAGCAAGCGACAAAAUCCGUCACCUACAUCUCGAAGUCCCUCGAUCAACUCGCACCGAGCGUCGAAAACACGCCGCAUAUCAAGGAGCUCUGGGAGGAAUUGCGGGGCUACAUUCGAAUCGGCUAUUUGCAAAAGGCAGCGUAUCUCCGUCGAAAGAAUGAUGUUACAACCAGUGCAUGAUAGAAGCGGAUUUUGGAUCUUUUGGUUUUGUCAUGCCGUUGUACCUGAAAGUGUAUUGCUACAGCUACAGCUACACUUUGAAAAUAAUACGUUGAAUCAUUGUGUUGCAGUGCUAAAAGAAGUAAUCGAAAACGAAAUGCAAAUGACAAUGCAGAACAAAUCCGUUUCUGAGCCUCUUUGUAAGCAGCGGUAUUCGUAUUUUCUUGUCGGUUGAUACAGCGCACCUCUGCGACAUCAUCGCGCUGACAUGGAGACACUUGGAUCCGGUAUCCAAUAUUUUCCUUCAACAUUUAUUUUGCUCGGUCGGUGACAGAUGAUUCAUUUCAAAACAGCCGAGCGAUCGCGCACCCUCAUUGGAGCUCAUCUUCCCGAACAACCAUGAUUGACUUCAACCUUUUCCUCUUUCCAGGUAUCCGUGACUUCCACAACUGGGGUCACGCUGGUCGGCUCGGCCUUGCUCGAGCCUUCCGAAGCUUCCAGCAGAGACACGCACUUCUCGUUCGUGAAGGCCAGCCAUGUUCCAUCCUCGAGUGCACAGCAACUUCGUGGCAGCCCAGGCCUUGGGCAACAUCAAGGAGAAGGUGAAGGUGAGUUGUCUGCAACCAGCAGUAAUGUUAAAGCGAGCAGUCCGCUCUACAACACCAGGGGGAGCCGACAGGUCUAUGACCGGGUCAUGUCUCCGAAGCUCGGUGUGCGAAGGCGCGCACUCGACCCGCCGACGGCCAUGGUAGUCGCCUCGCCGAUGUAUUUGACGCGGAAUUAUUCUCCUACUUUAUCAACAUCUACUCACGAAAAUAAGUCGAAACCAGGGCCGGCCGUGCCCCAAGAGCAAGAAGUGCAAGCUCUUGCGACAAGGACGUGGUCAACAACACCCGGAACUGUAGCUUCUGCUUCCCCCGUCGUCGCAGCAGUAGAUCUGCACCCAAGGAGUGACGCUCCGGUAGCCUCCGCCAUGCCUCUAGUACCGGUAGACGAAGAAGGAGAAGACGCUGGUCAAAAUCUUAAACGAAAUGAGCUGCAAAGUGGCCGGCGCGGCGGACCGGGUGAGCGUCGACGGCCACAGCCUCAGCCAGCGGUGCAAAACGUGUUUGAGAACAUGUUGACGGAGCACGAGCUGGAAGAGGAGCGGCUACAAAACAACGAAGAGUACGUGUUAGAGCAUAUUCUGGACAAUCGGCACUACAAAGACAUCGACGUGGAGGCUUUCAUGCACGACCACACGAAGCGACGGAGUAGGGCCGCGGAUGCAGCUUCGGUGAACAAACAAGGGCUGAACAGUACCUAUCAAGAGGAACAAGGUAAAGAUCUGUACCUCCAGACCCUCCGACGCAAAGCGGACAAAGCGUCCACCGGGUUCAAACAUGAUGCUUCCGUGGAAAUCGACGAGGUGACGCUGCACGCGGACACGAUUACCCGGCAAAUACGCUUGGAAAACGAGUACAACGUGCAGCAACGGUUACUCGAGUUGAAGAGGCAGCGGGAGGAGAGAAGUAGAAGCGCUGCUGGGGCGGACGAGAAUGCAUUGCUCGAGAAACGGAGACUGGAAGAAAAGCUCGAUUACGAGAAACGGAUGGUGGAGCACAACGCGAGACACACGGUAACCAGUGUGGUGCGGAAGCACGUACAGACGAGUACCAAAGUAUGGAUGCGUCAGAGUUGAAAUCGACUAAGUUGAAAUAGUUUGUCACGCAUGAAAUGCAAGGCAUGAAAUGCCUGUCUUGCCGGGUUGGCAAGUGAGGCCGACUGUCAGCCUGUUUAGGAUUUGAAAUAGAGCUGCUAAAGUAGCAUGACAAAAGCAGUCGUCUGUGCCCAAACAGCAUGACAGACUGGAUUCCGGUGCUCGGCAAAUUUGUCAUGCACCGCUUAGAAAUUGGGCUUCCAACUGGUAUCGAGUUUAUGCAUUACAAGUUGUUUCAACUUUGUCUUUGACGAUUUCAAUCCUGACGCUUCCAUACAAAGAGGUGAUUUCAGCGGAGCGCGAACUCAGGGAGCAAAGCCAUUACUUGCCAAGGCCGCAAACACAAUUAUCGGUUCAGCAGCAGCCGACAGAGGCGAGUUUGCCGCGUCGGCGGUCGAGCACUAGGUCGUCGCCCAAAUCCAGGUCCCGGUCGGGGUCGAAGUCUAACAUGUCCUCUCCGAAAAUGAAAAAUAGACCCGAGCAGGGACGAGCAGGUAUAGGACGUUCCGGUAGCCGUAGAAGCCGGAGUCCAUCUCAUCUUCAUCUACAGCGAGGUGGAACUGGAAGCCAAACAAGGGACGUCGCCGACGAGCGCGUUCCCCGCCCCGUUUGGAACAGCAGGGUGAUCGCGCCGAGCCACUUUGAUCCGUACCACAAAACCUCCCCGUCCGCGAACGACCUGGAUUUUGCAAGGGAACUGCUCUUAUCCUGUGCAAAAAUAUGAUCGCACUCGUACUAAUUGCAUUUAUGCAUUACGAAUCUCGUUCCCGUGGCAAAUCCGCAUUUCAUACAAAUUCAAUUUGUAAUGCUGAGCCAAUUUGUAUUGCAAUUUAUACUAGUACGCUACUUUUGCAAUUCAUAGCUCUCCGCAGCGCACCGGCGCGCGGGGACGACCACUGCCGGUCACAGUCAUCACCACGUACAUCAUCCAUCGCACUGGAAACACCCGGGUACAGUGCCGAAAAAGCACCGCGGCGCCUCACGAUAUUUGCACGACCCUACAGAAAGGAGCGCUCGGGGUGGUGCUGCGCAUUAUUCCCGAGGAUCUUCGGGAAGUCGCAGCUCUUCUCCCGGUCAGCAGAGCAGGAGUGUUGGGGGAAAAUCUUCAAGCGCCAGAGCUAAUAGCCGCAGCGGCAGUCCACCAGGUCGUGCUUCAUCAUCUGCAGGCACGAAUAUUAAAACAAGUACCAGAUCGACGAUGCAACAGAUCAUGCACGGCCGUCCAGCCAGCAGGUCCAGAUCUCCGGGGGCGGGAACUGCUGGUCGUGGUGCUAGUAGACCUUCACAGGAGCAAGAAGGACCGUAUCCUGUUUCACAAUCAGCUUCGCGGGGUAAUUCCAGCUCUCCCCCACCUCCGGGCUUUGAACAAAAAACUUUCGCGGCCAGCCCGACCAACGGGAGUGCUGUGCAAGAUGGUCGGCGAGCAGCGCCAGUAGAAUCCGCUUUCGUGGUGCUGCUUUCGCCAUCAAGAAACAGCUCUGUAAAGUCGAACACAGUGCUGACACACGACAAAACGGUCUCGGUGCAAGUUCAACGCACAGCAGGAGGAGCAAAAAGCGCAAGUGCAAGGCAAAGAUCUCCUUCCCCCCUCCCGCUUACGACAGUCGCGGAGCAAGACGUCGUGCGACCUGCUGCAACAACCAGCAAGGCAACGUCGAGCGCUGACCCGAUCUUCAACGGUAACCAAAACGUGAUCACCGCCACCCCGGUGCGUUCCCGCGGUAUGCUGGACAUGGGAAAUUCGUCCAUCCCCACCACCGUCACCAUGAUCGUCCCUCCGUCCGACCGCGACAUUAACGCGCCGCCUCCCCACGUGAUUGUCGAUCCGUACCCCGUCGAUAGGCAGACGGUGAACUACCCGGGAAGUAGGGAUCACCCGCAGGUCAGCUUCGCGAAGCGCGAUUCCGCGUUGCUACACUCCGCGCGGCCGAUCCCCGGCCCGCCCAUGACAAGCUUCAUUGAGAACAACGAGUUUGUGGAUACCCAGGAGAAGCUGGACGGCAGUCGAGAAGUGUUGACGACGGCGCAGAGGAUUCAGGUGCGCGAGGUUCGAUCGCGGUCUCCCAGUGCCAGUGUGAGGAGCUUGGACAAGAGUGGAAUGAUAUCUGCGAGAUCUGGAACUGCGGGAACAGCAAUUAUGGAACAGCAAAACGACGACCAACCGACGUGGCGCAACCCGUUCUCCGCGCGAUCCCGACCGGAAGAGUGGGCGCAGGUUUUAACGUUGGAAUCGAAACACCGGAUCUACAGCCGGACUCCGCGAGGGGACUACGAACUGAACGAAGCGCUUUCUGUCGAAGAAAGGAAAAACCUCAGCGAACAGCUGAUCCCCGCGUUCCCCGGAGCGCACUACGCAUUGCAGGCCAGGGGUGGAGGGUUCACGCACAUUUCGUCUUCACCAGUAAGUGUGACGAAGAGCAGUGCUGUGGCCGUGAGCAUGAAAAAUGCGCCGGAAAGUUCUAGUGUGCUGAUGGCGGAGGCGGCGAGAUUGGCAGCUGCUGCACCUCUUGACGUUCUUGAAGAUGAAGAAAGAAAAAACCGGCAGACGGCAGUGGCAAGACCACGACAGGAAGAUGCCGCACAGCAAGAGGAGGUGGAGGCGGAUAAUAGGCGAGGGGCUGGGAGAGUGAACUACCGAGCUUCGUCUGCAGCAAGCCAACAGCACCGCUCCGCGGCGCUGGUGCACCCCGAGUCGUUUAUCUGUCCACCGAAAAGUGACGGUCUUGUUGGGACGUCAUCUGAGGUACUGGCACAGUCGGCAACUACCAGCCCCUUUCCUCCUCUGCUGGGUCUUGCUGAAGACGCAACAGCACCAGGCGAAAUGAAAGUAGAAGGAGAAACCGCAACCGCAUCCGCACCCACUGUAGGUCUUGCCGUAACAAGCCCUCCCGCUCCACCACGGAUGAAAAGCGGGGCUGGGUACGUGGUCACGAUGCACCCCGAUCCGUUGUUGAUCGACGAACGUACCAGCCGGGUUCCCAUGACGUUUUACGAAGAAAGACACUCGGAAGUCGACGACUUGUUGCGCCAGGUGGAAGAGCUCGAGUUGUCGAACCUGCAUCAGCCAGGUGGAAAAAAGCAUGUUCUUCCAGGGGAGCAACAAACACCUCCAUCAACAUCUUCAGCUCAGAAACAACACAACUACAGCACCAGUGUCCUAAAGGCGGAAGCCGGUGCGCUGGUGUACCAUCGGAAAAAGGCGGAGGAGUAUUUCCAGCAUAGAACUUCAAACAACUAUAGUCGUGGUACAACGUCGCCGCUACUAGCUGCGCAGGAGGGGCGGGAGCGAUAUAACUCAUCUGGUGCGAGGACGUCGCCACUCUCUCAGCAACUGAAACUGUCUGCGUCCCGCGGGGGCUCCCGGUCCUCUUCUCCGAAAAAGCAGACUCGCUCGACUCCGGGCAAGAUGUCGCCGAGCAAGAUGAAGGGCCGGCGCAUGCCAUGGGAAGCGAAGGAUGCGGGGGAAGCCUUCUCCGCGAAGGACGACGCUGAUUUUGCGGGGCCAACAUCAUCUUCCAGCGUGGUCUCUGGCAACAGAAAUGUAAACUCGGCUGCUUCUUGUGCAGCAACGGCCUCUGUCGUGCCGUCAGUCAAAGUUCAAACUCUUAUGUCCCCGAUGGACCAGCAACUGACUGCGGAGGAGCAGAAGCAGAACGCAAAACAAAAAGCCGAUACUUUCCUGGAGCUGAAAUCCAAAGCCUGGGCGGCGAGACGAGAGGCAGCUGCAUUUACCGCAGCAGGAGAGACAUCAAAGCAAGAUGCUGCAGGGGGUCCUAGAAGUACAACAUCAACAGACUACCAGAACUACAAGAAAGCCGCUGUUGCUUCCUCUGCAUCUGGUCUUCCUGACGAAAUAGGCAAGAUCUGGGUUUCCUCGAAAGACAGCGAGCCUGCGAUAUCCGGAACAACGACCACGACGCAACUUUUAACCGCGAAGAAUCUGAUCCAAAACAUCGGCUUAGGCGCCAAGCCACUCACCUCCGCUUGGAAUUUCGCUAGUGGGAAAAUGAAUUCACUUGCAGGAACUUCUACAACAGCAGCGACGACCCGUGGAGCUGCAUCCGCAGCGACGACUUCCACUGUUCAACAACAGGAGCCAGGAGAAAUGACGAUGAAAAACGCCAGCAAACCCCCCGGAAUAAUUAUUCCGAAACUGGCACUAAGUGCUAUUUCCGGUUCCGCCUCUAUUCCUGUGCCUGGAGUGAAGGUGAAGCCGUUGGCUCCACUAAAACAAAGAGACGACGGGUCAUCUACAGCUUGUGAUCGGCCUGCUGCUGUAAUGACAACCAGCGCCAGAGCGGCUUCCAGCUCCAAAUCAAAGUCCAACACCAGUGCCUUGCUUUCCGUCCCGAGCUCCCCCUUCCUGAUCACCCCGCUCGUGAUGCCACGGGUAACCGGAGUGAGCUUGGUGCCGAAAGUAAGUAGAACGAAGUCUGUUUCUCGGAGUAUCCCCUCCAGUAGAGUGGGAAGUAAAGAUAUCCUGAGAAAAAAGCGUUACAGUUACACAUUGUGUUGCUGGCCAAGCAAGACAGACAAGCUCUGUCAUGCCGGACAUGCAUAGGGGCCUCGUUUCAUACGUGUUUUCCCAUAGGAUUUCUGCAUUACAUACAAACUUUCUCUCUCAUGCAGAGAAAUUCGUGUAGUUGCUGAAUUCACUACAAAUGUGUAACUGUAACACUUUUUUCGUGGGAUAAAAGAGAAAGUGAAAGGAACUAAAGAAAUCACAGGGUUGAAAAAGACGUCGACAACCGCAGCAACUGCUUCUGCGGGGCAGCACCAGCAGCAGCACGACGAAGUUGAUCUCGCAGAGAAGUACAGCGCUACCCUCGCGACGAAAGACAAAGAAGAAGAGACCCAGAAGAUAAAAGUCUUCCGGAACUACGGGAUCAAAAACCGGAAAGGGGUUCAACAGAAUAAAGCAGCAGCUGAAGUGGAAAAAGUACACCAGUCCCAUCAAGCUGCAGAACAAGAGCCGACAAAUGCCGAAAAAGAAGACCUUCCUUCCCCAACGCCGGAUGAGUUCCACGAUCCAAUCAUUCUGCGCGACAAAGCUCUGCUGGCGCUCCUGCCGAAGCCGGUGCCUGUCACGGAGAAUUCACGGAGCCCCAUGGGCGGGGGUCGUCAAACAGGCGAACAAUCGGCGAAACAGCAGCGAGGUACCACGACAGGUGGAAAUAGUAGAAACGCAGGCUCAACUACAACACCAAAUCGAAAUGCCGUCGUGUCCACCUCAAAGCUGAAUCAGUACAGCAACAGGCGUACGAACAUCCCAUCUUCGGACACGAGCAGCAAAACCGGUGCAGCAGGAGAGCCUGCUCAACUAUUGCACUACGACUCGUCUCCUUCUGACUUCAUCCCGGUAGCAAGACUGGUGGAACUUGUUCCGCGGGGGGAUGACGGCGGUGCCUCUGCGCAGGUAUGAGAGUGCGUAAAACCUCCUGUUCCGCCACCCCACCUCCCCUUCUUCAUAUGAAUGAACUUCCUUGAAGAGCAUAAACAGGAACUGAGAGACACCAGCGAACCACCUAAAGCCAUCCAGCCUGCCGGCAUGCUGGUAAGUUCAUGCGCGGAGUGCAGUGCAUGUGCAACUGUUUCUUCUUGUGCUCCCUCCACCGAGAUUUACGAUGCAAACAGUUCCACAAGGCAGCAUACUGGAUUUGGGACUUCGUAAGUAUGACAAAUGAGGGGGCGGGGCGACGAGUUGUAGUUCUUGCGCACUCUCAUAGCAGGAGGACGAGCUUAACACGGAAUUUGACUCCAAGUACUCCGUCCCAUCAAAGGACGCAAAUGGUAGAGAGGAGCAAACUGCCAUCGGCAAUUUUCACUUGUUCUAUCCGUCUUCUGUCGCGGGAACUGGUGGAGCAGGAGCUGCAAGUCCGUCCGCAAGACAGAAGAAGUCUCUGAACUCCAGUAUGACCUCCUCAGGUGUUGCAUCUCUGUGAUGCAAGAAGUGCAAUAUCAUUACGCAUGGCAAUAUCAAUACGCAUGACAAGUUGUGGAGUGCCAAACUGCAUUCGAGGAAUCCGGCGAGACUUGUAUUGUAGAAAGUGGAACGCGCCGUGCCCGUGUGGCAGCUCGUCUCCUGCUGAUCAUGCAAGAGAAACACAAAAUCCAGUUACUCUGUUGUAGUAACGCUUGAGAUUUAUCACUUGAGAAGGUUAUAUCUAGCGUGGCGCUCGAUAUCACAGAAGAUUCCAUCGCGAACAUGCCGCUGCGAGACUUGAGUCACAACGACCGGGAGCAGCAGUAAGCGGGAGCAGCCCACUAACUAUCAAAAUCAUUCUCUGGUGACGAGUAUUGAGUAGUCCGUCUGCAGCUGGUGAUGAGUAACAUGUGACGCUCGACGCGACCCUAUGAAAGAGUCUGGUCUGUAUGUAGUUUUAGCACCAUCAUCAUUGUUCUUCUACGGUACAGAAUCAAAAAUUAGUAAACUCUAAUGAAUCCAACUCCAAUUAUCCCAUACGACCAGUUGCAUGCCUUGAACUUCUUAACCGCAGAAAUUUUUGGCGUUUUUGAUUUCGCAGCUUGAAUGAGAAAGUACACGACGCAGCUUUGUUUUUGUUUAUCACUGAGACCCAAAAUGAAUUUGAGUCAGCGUUUCACGUUCGGCGCAAAUAUUGACACUGAUACUACUUUUUGUUGUACAGUAAUGUAAAAAAAUGUUUCCUUCUGUGUCUUUGGAUAAGCAUAUAACAUUAUUUAGAAACUACAUUAGUGAAGAUGCGGAUGAAAU